CCGGUUAAAUUAGUUACAUAGCUAAAAGAUCUACUAAAAUAUUGACAAAAAAAAACUUAAUCUACUACCUAUGAACACAAGGACAGUGUGAAAUUGAAACAAAUUACUACCUAGAAAAGCGUUAUCACCUUUUACUCGCCAGAGUAUGGUGCGGUACGGAAGCCCGGAUGGAGAAGCAGGCAGGCCGAAGCGGGCAAACUGAAACAGCAGCCGGGGGACAAUGGCGGCGGGGCCUGGUGUUUCUAUGCAGAGCGGUAGCCCUGCAAGAGAAGUUUCUCUGUCUGUCCAGCAAGCAGGAAAUCAGACUCAUGGAGAUCGGAUCAAACCAGAAGAGACAACAGAGGCAGAGAAGCAGAAUCGCAUGGCUGCAUUGCUGGAGAGGCUUCAUGGCAAACACAAUGCUGCAAGGCCGUGGCAGGAGACCUGUAAAGUUGUGCGCCAGGCAAUGGAGAAACGUGGUGUUAUGAAUGCCGCGGGUCACCAGCUCCUGCUCACCUGCUUGGAAACUUUACAGAGAGCGAUGAAAGUCUCAUCUUUGCCCUCUAUGACAGAUCGUUUAGAAUCCAUUGCUCGGCAAAACAUGCUGGGCUCUCAUCUCAGCCCAUCGGGGACAGAGUGUUACAUCACAUCAGACAUGUUUUAUGUGGAGGUGCAGCUGGACACCAGUGGCCAGCUUGUGGAUGUCAAAGUGGCUCAUCAGGGAGAAAACCCCACGAGUUGUCCUGAGCUGAUUCAGCAUCUAAGGGAGAAGAACUUUGAAGAGUUUUCUAAACAUCUGAAGGGACUGGUCGAACUAUACAAGCUCCCUGGGGACAAUAAGCUGAAAACCAAGAUGUAUAUAGCACUACAGUCUUUGGAGCUUGAUCUCACCAAGAUGAUGCAUAUGUUUAGGUUGGCAACCAAUGCUAAUACAGUGGAGACUAUUCUUCACGGCAGUGUGGGCUUGUUGACAGCUAGGAGUGGUGGCCAUCUUGUUUCUCUUCAGUGUUAUGUGUCCCCAUAUGACAUAUUUGAGGAGGGGUCAGGGACACAGCUCAACUUAACAGACAGCAAUGUUCCACGCUCACUUGGUGUCAGUGUUUCUGUGACAAUCGAAGGAACUUCUGCCGUCUACAAGCUCCCAAUUGCCCCUCUCAUCACUGGAUCCCACCCAGUGGACAACAAGGGGACUCCUUCCUUUUCCACUGUGACCAACUCCAACUGUGUAGACCUGCCAGCUUGUUUUUUCCUCAAGAUGAACCGCCCCAUGCCUUUCUCACUGUCCUUUAUUCAGAGGAUGGGCAAUGCUACUUCUAUCCCAGUGUUUGAGAGCCUCCCCAGCCUCUCACCUCUCUAUCAGUUGAUUGUCCAGAGCCAGCUCCAACUCCAGGAGGAGGGCAGCUCCACACCACCACCCUCGCACAACAUGCACUUCUAUUCUGUGUUGCCAGAUCAGGUGCACUGCUACUUCCUGAAUGGUGAUGCCCCAGUGCAAGAUGGUUGUUCUCUACAAGGAGCACUGGUGUCCAAGAUCCCUUUUCGCCACCCAGCACAAGUGCCCCUAUUGUUGGAUAUCAUCCGGCACCAGGCAGCCUAUAACACCUUGAUUGGCAGCUGUGUGAAACGAACUUCUAUCAAGGAAGACAGUGCAGGCCUGCUGCAGUUUGAAGUAUGUCCUCUCACUGACUCGAGCUUCAGCGUCUCUUUUCAGCAUCCAGUCAAUGAGUCAUUAGUCUGUGUUGUCAUGGAAGUGAUUGACUCCAGACAGGUAUCCUGCAGGCUGUAUAAAGGACUGUCUGAUGCUCUGAUCUGCACUGAUGAAUUCAUCACAAAAGUGGUCCAGAGAUGCAUGUCCAUCCCUGUAACCAUGCGGGCUAUUCGAAGGAAAGCAGAGACCAUUCAGGCAGACACUCCAGCCCUCUUACUAAUCGCACAGACAGUGGAGAUCAUGGUGAAGAAUAACCUACCACCCUCUGGUAGUCCCACGUACAACAUGGCAGCAGGCGAUGGAACUAAUCCAAUGGGACUGCCUGGGCUCACGGGGGGCAACACACCUACUGGAGGAGGACCUCCUGGGGGAUCUAAUUUUCCAGGUCCAAUUACUUCUCUUUUUGGGAUUUCCCGAACAGAGAGGCAAGCCCAAGGAGGAGACUGCCCAAACCAAGGAGGGGUGGCUGGUCAGCAGCAGUUGCAGCAACAACACCAGCAACAACAGUCAAGUCAAGGCCAUUCAGAUGAUUACAACAAAGUCACCCAGAAUCCAAUACUGACAAGUCUGUUACAGAUAACUGGAAGUGUUGGUUCUAGUCCCAGCUCCCAGAAUGCACCUCCACCUCACCAAACCCCACCCCCAACAUCCUCCCCUGCCAGCAACACCAAGAAUCAUCCUAUGUUGAUGAACUUGUUGAAAGACAACCCCACACAAGAUUUUGCCACAUUGUACGGUUCUAGUCCAUUAGAGAGGCAAAAUUCUUCAUCUGGCUCUCCACGGACAGAGGCCAUAGGUGGAACCUGCCCUGGAAGUAACACGAAAGGGAAGAAGAAGCGCCCUCGGGGGUCCGAAAAGGGUGGCAUGUUACCCAGUGCUGCUGCAGCCGGUGGAGGCAUGAAAUCACAGCAGGCUUCUUCGAUGUCGCAGCAUCACCAGCACCAUCCAGUCUCACACGAGGAUGACUUCCACCGUGAGCUCCUCUCUAUGGAUGUGGAUGCAUCUCAAAAUUCUAUCUUUGAUGUUAACCUGACUGGUGAUGGCUUAGACACACCCCAUAGUAUCACUCCAGCACCUAGCCAAUGCGGAACACCACCUUCUGGUCCCAGCAUGCCUUAUUCACAGUCUCAUGUCCAGUCUCAGCAACAGCAGCCAUCAGGUACUGUACCACCUCGAAUGGUCCGCCUGUCCAGCUCUGAUAGUAUUGGUCCUGAUAUCACAGAAAUCUUGCAAGAUUUGCCUGAGCAGACUGGCAAAGGCAGCUGUGGAAGCCAUGGACAGCACCCCAUGGGCAGUGGUGGGGAGGAUGGAGGCCCCCUAGGCACCCCCAUCCGUGACUCCUCUAGCUCAGGUCAAGGUAGUGCAGUAUAUUUAGAUAUUUUCAAUACCAACAGCAACGAGAAUCCUUUUACUGAUGCUGCUGACCUGAUUGCUGAGGCAACUGCAACUGCUGCCACUCCCACCAGUGAUUCUUCUUCCACCAAUUUUUUCCCUGAUGCUGCUGACUUCAACCCUGACCUACUGCCCUCAGGCCAUGGCUUCUCUCAGAACUACUUUGAUGACAGCUCUCCAAGUGCUGAUGGAGACAUGGACCUGGUCAAGGGUUUUGGGGGAAGUAGCCAGCAGAAUACCCCAUCAGGAACACCUCAGAAUCCCACUCCACACGGACAGAGCACCCCUGAGCCCUCACUGAAGGACCCUUUUGAUAUGGGGAUUUUUGGAGGCAACAGUGGUGGUGGUAAACCGCUUCUGGGACAAGCUCCUGAUAUGGGAGAGACACAUGGUGGAGGGUCUCAGAGCCCCCUUAUAAUGGGCCUCGGAGCAACAUGUGGUGACUUCAAAAGUGCAGAACCUAAAAUGAAACAGCAACAGGGACUCAUGCGGCCAAAGGAUGAGAAUGGGGGUAGUGGAGGGAGCAAUUCUGGGAUAGGGAUGGGAAGCAGUUCAACAGAGGGCAAACAAGUCAAACGUAGUAGGACCCCAUCCAGUGAGGGAAAGUCUAAAGAAAAGCCUCCCAAACGCAAAAAGCUCGACCCUGAUGGGAAAUCUCCCUCACACAGCUCAGGAGGACGACCAUAUACGCCUCCUAGUGGUGGUUCAGGCUCUGGAGGAAGCAUGAGUGGAGGAGGCUCCAAGUCUCCUGGUAGUUCGGGACGCUCACAAACUCCUCCUGGUGGUGCCACACCUCCAAUUCCCAAAAUCACUAUUCAGAUUGCAAAAGGGACCAUAACUGGGGGGAAAACGUCAUCCCACAGUGGAUAUACCUCGAGCAGCUCAGCCACAAGCAGCACAGGAGGAGCAGGAGGAACCAGCAGCAGCAAAAGCCAUCACUCUCACUCAUCUUCCUCUGGGAAGAUCAAGUCCAAGGAAGGUUCCACUACACAAGGCAACAGCUCCAAGCCAGGGAGUGCGGGAAUAGGGGUUGGAGGUGGGCCAUCCCAGUCCAAAGGCUCCUCCCAAGGUAUGGGAGUUGGUAAACCAGGAUCCUCCCCAAUUACUAAACAUGGUCUUUCAGGGCCUGGAGGUAGUGGGGGUUCAAUUGGAAGUGGUAAUAAAACAAAGCCUCAGGGAGGUAAGCCUUCUGGGUCUCUUAUGAAUCCCAACAUCAAACCCAAUAUUUCCCCUUCUCACUCCCGCUCCAGUAGCUCUGGUGACAAAUUGUCCUCCCCUAUGAAAAUGCAGCAGUCCCAGGUUCCAGGAACACCUCCCUCUUCUAAGGCUAAGUCGCCAAUUGGCUCAGGAGGUGGCAGCUCUGGAGGGUCCAAGUCUUCUUCUGGUGGAGGCAUGAGCUCCCAGAAACCAAUGGGUGGGAGCUCCUCUUCUGGUUCCACAUCUUCCUCAUCAUCAUCAUCCAGCUCCUCCUCAUCCUCUGGCUCCAUGACCUUCUCCGGAGGCUCCCAGUCUCAGUAUGGAAGUGGUGGAGGUGGAGGGGGUGGAGGGGCAGGAGGAGGAAGUGGAAGUGGAAGUGGAGGCAGUAGUGGAGGGGGAGGAGGUGGAGGAAGUGGGAGUGGUGGAGGGGCUGGUCAGAACAAUGCAAAUAACCCCAACGCCAAAGGAAAGUCUCCCAGUCGAAACAAGAAACCCUCUCUUACAGCAGUCAUAGACAAACUUAAGAGUGUAGGUGGAGGAGGGGUGGGGGAGGAUGGCUGUGAGGUAGGGCCACCGGUAGGUGGAACUGGUCCAGGAUCUGCUCCUGGUGGUGGUGGCCCUGGAAACCUUCCCAGUAGUACAUCAUCAAACAUGGUUGCUUCCAAGCAUACCUCAUCCUCCCAAAGUGGGGAGUAUAAGCGGGAAAAAUCUGAUAAAGAGGCAAAAGCAAAAGUGUCUGUUUCAGGGGGGAACAGUGGGGAUAAAAAGUUAAUGGACCCAAAAACAGGAGGGGUGGGAACAACAGGUCUGGCCAAAAUUAUCAUUAGCAAACCUGAUGGUGGUUCACCAAGCAUCAAGGCCAAAGUGACUCUUCAGAAAGCUGGGGAAGGAUCCGGUGACCCUAUGCGUCCCCAAAUUUCUAGUCUCAAAGCCUCCCCCCUCUUCAGUGGCUCCACUCCCAAACAUGACCGCUCCUCCCCCAGCCACAGCCGCUCACCAGGAUACACCCCACUCAACCAUGACAGUGAGAGUGAGUCAGGGAGCAGCUCGGUGGCCGAAAAGUCCCACCAGAACAGCCCCAGCUCAGACGACGACCAGUCCAUUCGACCGCUCCCCCCUCAGGACUACAUGAGCUCCAUUCCCCUCAGUUCAGGGGAGAAGCACAAAAAACACAAGAAGGAGAAGAAGAAACAGAAAGAGAGGGAACGGGAGAGGGACAGAGACCGAGAACGGGACAGGGACAAAGAAAAAAAGAAGUCAUCAAUGUCCAUGGGACCAUCCUCGCAUCCAAUAAAAGCAGACAGUUGGUCCCGGUCACCCAUCUCAGCUUCAGAUUCUUCUUUGUCCAUGCUGAGUUCAGAACGUCCAUCUCGGCCCAGUCCAAUGUAUAUGAGAAAUGAAGAUGAUGACCUUAUGGACUCAGCCCUGACUGGCAACCUUUAAGUUUAUUUAGAAAGCCUCUUUACUCCCCCUCCAUGCUUUUUAACACAUGCCUUUUAACAUACAGAUUAAACUUCUAUUUAUUUAACUCAAGCCAAGAAUUGGAACUGGAUGCAAAACUAUUGUGGUUCUCUGUCCUGUUAAAGCUGUUUUUUAAUGUCAUAUUUUACUUUCUAUCAGCAUUUAAUAUUUGGGGAUAGAGAUGCCAGUUUUAUAUGAAAGUGGUUGCUUCGCUGUCAUCCAUGUCCACUGAAUACCAACUUCCUUAAGAUGCAUUAAGGAACUGGCUUUAUACAGUAUAUUUUCAGAAAAAUGAACGUUAUUUUGUUUUUCCCUGUGAUUGUCUUUACUGUCAGUAAAUGCGAUUUAAUGUUAUUUUCACACAUCUGCUGAUGUACAUGUGUAACAAAACAUACCAGAUUGCCACUAUACUGUAUGUUAUCAAAAUAAGUAUGACAGUUGUUUAAAAAAAAAAACUCAACAAACAAAGUAUUGUAAAGCAGGAAGAGUACAGUGUUCAGUUUACUUGUUUUCCAAAUGUAACUGGGAGUUUUUAGAUUUUGAUACAUUUUAAACUGUUGAUGUGUAAAUUAGUGUUGGUAAAGAAGCAACUGAUGAUCUGAUGAGGGUGAUUAUAAUGGAGGGAAUGUGACGUACUGGUUCAUUUUUGACUGUAGAAGUUUUGGAAGCUCGGAAUAAACAUUUCACUUCCGGAA